AUGUUCACGGAGUCCACAAUUGCUGGCAUUUCCCUUACCUCCAAUGUCAGUAGGCAUUUGUCCAGCCUGUCAGUGGUUGGAAGCAGGAGUCCCACCCCCCAGCCCACUAUGAGGGAGAAGGCUCUGGAUGUCCCUUGAAAACCCAACAGCAGCAUUGAAAAUCAGGACCAGAUUAAGAUGUACAUCGAUGAAGUGUGUCGAGACGCGGUGUUCUGUUGCUGCAAGUCUUUUCUGCAGCAGGCAGGAUUAGGUCUGCUAAUAAGCAUGACAGUCAUUAAUAACAUGCUUGCCAAGUCCCUUUCAGACCCGAAGUUCCCUUUGCUAUCCGAGGGGAGUGGAUGUGCAAAGGUUCAGGGUCUGGAGGCACAGAUGAGUUUGCCUGAAAAGCCAGUGCUGGCGGAGGAAGUGCUGGCUGCCCAAAUGCUCUUCUCAUUCAUGUGCCUCUUUACCAGAAGUGGGAGCAGAGAGAUGCUUGUGGAAGCCAUCUCCCCUUAAGUGGCUGUCUCGGGAAGAAUGAGACUGAAGUCACCCAGAGCCCGAGCACUUUACUGAGGGCAAAGAGGCUGCAGUGGGUGCUCCCAAGGAUGCGUCUUAGCCAGUCAGCUCCUCCUUGGGUGAGAGUCCUUCCAGCCUCUAAGUGGAGGGCUACUCUC